CUGGAGAGGUGGCCGUCACAGCCAGGUAACCCAGAAGCAAAGUUGUCUAAUUAAAAGGAGCAGGUAAACUGGGAGCUUUAACCUUUGUCCCACGGUGAAUUGUCAAGCUGUCUACUUUGGUGAGUUCUUCAGGUUUACCUAUGUUUGAUGCAGAUGGAAACUAAGGAAGCUUUUGGAAAAGAGAACAUGGGAACCAAGAAAAAGAAUUUGACCUUUCUGAGACAGAGACUCUACAUGUUGGAGAGGAGGAAGACUGACACUCUUGUGGAGAGCAGUGUUGCUGUGGACCACAGUAAUUCGGGCCCCUUGAGGAGAAGUCAGUCUGACAGAACUGAAUACAACCAGAAAUUGCAAGAAAAGAUGACACCCCAAACUGGAGCCUCUGCACCUGGGCCCCCAGCCCAGGAUGAACAGCAGCAGAUAAGGAGAAUGAUGGCAAAGAGGUCGAACAUCAUCAAAGAACUGAUACAGACUGAAAAGGACUAUCUCAAUGACCUGGAGCUAUGCAUUAGGGAAGUAGUUCAGCCCCUGAAAACCAAGCAGAUUGAUAGAUUUGAUGCAGACGGCUUGUUUAGCAACAUCCAAUCAGUGCAUCAGAUAUCAGUUAAGUUGCUGUCCUUGCUGGAAGAAGCCACAAAAGACGUGGAACCAGACAUGCAAGUAAUCGGGAGAAUCUUCUUGCAAAUUAAAAGCCCUCUUGAAGACAUCUAUAAAAUCUACUGCUAUCACCAUGAUGAAGCCCACACUAUACUUGAGUCCUAUGAAAAGGAUGAAGAACUGAAACAACAUAUGAGACACUGUAUCCAGUCCUUAAAGAAAAUAUACCUGGAACAAGGCAAACCCAAUCUGCUGGAUAUGGGAUCCCUGCUCAUCAAGCCAGUUCAGCGGGUGAUGAAGUAUCCUUUACUGCUCUGUGAACUGCGGAACUCAACUCCUCCUUCUCACCCAGAUUACAAAGAGCUGGAAGAUGCCUUAGCUGCAAUGAAAGACAUUAAUGUGAACAUCAAUGAAUUUAAAAGAAGGAAAGAUCUGGUUCUGAAAUACAAGAAGAAUGAUGAAGAUGAAUCCCUCAAAGAUAAAUUUUCCAAACUGAAUAUCCAUUCAAUUAGCAAGAAAUCCAAAAGGGUGACUAAUCAUCUAAAGAUUUUGACGAGAGGAGAAUCUCAGGUGAAAGACAGAACCUUUAACAGAGAAGAAAAACUGUUUAGACAUUUAGAAAAAACCGUCAGGAAUUGUGUGAAGAACAUUUCAUUCUGCCUUCAACACAUACAGGAUGCCAUGCCCCUAGCUGCCCAGACUGUGACAGAGCUGCAUGUUAUUUCAUGUGACAAGGAUGCUAAGGACAGUGACUAUUCAGCUACCCUAAGCAAGCUCCCAAAUCCUUGUGAAGAUUUUGUGGCUCACUUACACAGGCUGGUCCUGACCCCACUAUUGGCCCUGCAGUCCUUAUUUCCAGGACCCCAGAAACUCAUCCAGAAGCGCUAUGACAAACUGCUAGAUUACAAUGGCUAUACACAGUGCUCAGCAGGUGAUGACUCAGACCUGGCAAGGAAGGACUAUGAAGCUCUUAACGCUCAGCUUGUGGAGGAGCUCCAGGUGUUCAAUCAAGCUGUUCGGCAAGUCCUGCUGAAUUGUCUCUACUGUUUUGUCACCCUCCUCAGGGAUCUGAUGUUCAUAGCCUUGAAACCUUAUUCCACAGUCAUGCCACUAUUACCGCUCCCAUCCAGCAUCAAUAAAGCUCAAAAUCGAAUAAUAGAAGAGGUUCAUAGCCUGAAUUUUGUAAAGGACAACAGUACAACUUUUAUUGAAAGAAAGCUGAGCUUUGAAAAGAAGAAACCUGGGCCCACUUUGUCAGAUAUGCCCCGUCAGACUGAAAACCAUCGUUCCCAGCUUUUAGCAACCUACAGCCUGGAGGCUCUCUACCAAGCAAAGCGUAGGUGUAAUGCUACACAGGAACAUGACAUUGACCUUCUGGAAGGAGACCUGGUGGCUGCUGUGGAGCAGAAGGAUCCAUUGGGAAGCACAAGUCGGUGGCUUGUUGAUGCUGGAAUUGCCAAAGGCUUUGUAUAUGCUUCCUUCCUGAAGCCCUACAAUCCAGCCAAAGUGCAGCAGGCAGACAGGGAGCACUGGUUCUGUGAGGAGGACUUUGAUAACAUCAGCCUCUUUGUGUCUUCAUGGCCUGUCAGCCAUAGUAUCACCCACACCUGGGAAGAGAGUACAAGUGACAGUAGCUCCUCUCUCAAUGGUAUAUGUGGAAAACCUGAAGCAGAUGGAGUUGACACAGACUCUGUCCAGGAUGGGGAUGAACAGAUAUUCUAUGCUGUUCAUGCAUUUCAAGCCCGAAGUGAACAUGAGCUCAGCCUCCAAGAAUACCAACGGGUUCACAUUCUUCGAUUUUGUGAUCUGAGUGGCAAUAAGAUGUGGUGGCUAGCUGAAGCUCAAGGACAGAAGGGAUAUGUGCCCGCCAACUACCUGGGAAAGAUGACAUAUGCUUAAAAAACAAGUUCCUGGAUAAUUUCUUUAGUUUCCUGUCAAAUCAAGAGAUCAACUAACUACCUCUUACAUAUCUGAUAUGAAGUUUCUCAGUGAGGAAAGUACAUCAAACACCAAAGAAAUAAAUCAUCCAGCUACUAAGACUGGUACCUUGCCAGAUACUAUGGAGGUUCUGGCAAGAUCAGCUCAUAAGUAUCUUAGGAUAUAUAGAUGUUGAAGUAAAUGCGAAACCAAAAUUCAAUGAAAAAAAUUAAUAAACCCAUCAACUCUUUGUAUUCAUCUUAAGAAACUUUUUUUUUUUAAACCAAACAAACUUUUUUAGGAAUAAUCUUAAGGCAGGAUCAAUAUAUCUUAUUGUAAUUCUGAAAGGCUGAAUAUAUAUGAAAUAAGCUUUUGUCCAAACUGAUAUAUUUAUAAAUUUCUAACUGUAAACGAGCCUAAAGAGCAUAUAAUUCAAACUUCCUCAUUUUACAGAGAAGGGAAGUAAUUUGUUUAAGAUAGAGAAAUUCUAAAUUCUGGCCUAAAUUUGAGCCCUGGUCCACUGUACCAUAUUGUUUCACCUAGACAUUUUAUCUUCUCAAAGUUAUUGGUCAUAGGGCAUUAAAAAAAUUAAAGUAAAAUAGACCAGUUAACAAUCAAUAAAAUAUCCCCAAUAUAAAAGCACAGGGGCAAAAAAGAUGAAAAAUUAAAAUAUUACUGCCCAUACAAACAAGCAAGUACAGUUGAUGAAUGCUUACGAUAUUGUGAAUUACCAUAUCUACUGAAAAAGAACACUUAUUCUAAUUCUCCCCUCCUUUGUAGUAUGUAAAUGUACAUACAGUAACACACACACACACACACACACACACACACACACACACACACUUUUCCAAAUAAAAGCUUUCUUAAUAUUAACUCAGAGGAAGUAGUAGUUCUUAAGCUGGUUUAAUUUAAAAAAUAUUUUUUCUGAUUAUUUUGUAAAAGUGUUUUCAUCAUAUUCUUUCUUAUAUUUAGAAAACAAUGGCUUUUAAAUGUUAAGCUUAAUUGGUGAAACCUCAGUGAAAAAUACUAGAAAAUUUGGAAAAACAAUUAUCAUGUUAACUGAUCUGAACAAAGCCUUAAAUAUCAUUAUUUACCCAUUUGUUCUUGUAUGUAGUUAGCUUUGAGGAUAGUUUUUAUUGUAAAUAAAUGUUCAUGGUCAUUGGAUCUUAUCCAGUACAGGGGAAAGAACAUUGGCCCUUUAGUCAGAGGAAGUGGAUUCAAAUAUUACCUCUCACUUAAUACCUACAUGACCUUAAUUUCCCUAGGCCUGUUUCCUCAAAUAUAAAAUGAAGAGGUUAGCCUAAAUAAUUUCAGAUCACUAAAGUUAGAAAUUUUAGUUCUAUACUCACAUGUCAAAUAGAUCUGUUCCUUGGGAUUUCAUGUCUAUUUGAUCAAGAUACUUCAUAAAAAUACUAAUAUAAAUAAGCCUUUGGAAAAAUACAAUUUUGAAAUCAAUUUAAAUUUGGCCAUUUUAUUGGCUUUUCUUUGACAUACAAUAAGAAGUUUUAGUAGCACCAAAAAUUUACUAAUUGAAUGUUAAUUUUCAAAAUUUGGAUGAAGCUGGCUCAAAAAUUCUUAAUGAAAUUCACUGGGAGUACAAAAUCUACUUUGUCACAAUAUAGUUAUAUGUUUCAAGGAUCUGUAAUUUUGUCAACAUGGGUUCUCAUUCCAUUGACCCAAAACAGACAUCUGAGAACUGCUGUAAUUGUAAAAUUCAUCUUCCUUGAAACCAGUCUGGCAUUGAGUAUUUUUGAAUUGUUUCUUUGGCCUUCAGAUGUCAAAUAUUUUUGGAGUCUUUUAAGCUUGGUAGGUCUUGCUCCAAUUUGUGGUCAAUUAGGAUGGCCUUGAAAAUUCUGGGUCACAUUUAUGACAUAAUAAAGUUUUAGGAGUUGGUUUUGGUUGAGAUAUAAAUAAAUUUAAGAAUCCACAAAGCAAAAUAAAAUUUUUUUUACAAGAUUAUAAGAUUAUUAUUAUUAUGCAAGAUUAGCUUCAGGUUACUAUGAAAAUCCUGGAAUUUCUUGGUGUGAAUUGGAUAUCUCAAUCUAAUGUUUAUAUUCAUACAAUUUUUGAGGAUUAUGUUUUUAGAAUAUUUUGCUAUUUACUUUAGAUCAUUUAUAUAUUGCAUAUACAAAUAUGUACCAAAAUAUACAUAUAUAACAAAUAAAUAUAUACCAAAAAAGAGAUAAAUCUUGAAGUAAAAGUCUUUUGUACUACCACAUGACUUAAUAUGAUUUUCCUUGACUUUCAAAGGUAUAUAAAUUCAGGAAAACCUAAGGAAAAAAGUAUGGUGAACAUUUAAAUGACUGCCAUUUCAUUCUAAUUUGGGGUAUAACAUGGUGCUGUGUAGAAAAUCUUGAUCUUAGAGUCAGAUGACCUGAAUUCCAAAUUCCAAUUUUGCCACUUAAUGAUUGUGUGACCUUGGACAAAUUACUUUUACCUCUUAGGGGCUCAGUUUCCUCACUUGUAAAGGGAAGUGUUUGAAUUAGAUGGUAAAGUCCUUUUGAGUUCUAGAGCUGUGAUCUUAAUAAUGAUGCAAAUUCUGAGGAUAUAUACCUAUAUAUGUGUGUAUGUAUAUAUAUAUAUAUAUAUAUUUCCUGAAGAUAUAUACUUCUGUGUAUAUGUGUAUAAGAUUUGAGUUUUCUUAUGUUCUAUCCCUUUUAAAAUUAUUUGUGAUUUUAGACCUGGAAAUUAAUGAAUUGUUGUGUAAGGAGUAGCAUUUUUUUUUUUUUUUUUUUUUACAAUUGUCUGGAAUAAGAAAAUAUUGCCUAUUCAUGUGAUCCAAGGAUUGAAGCUUAUUGCAGACCCUUGCAGGUCCCAGAGGUGCAACAUCCAAGUGGCAGAGAUGGUUGAUCAAAUACUUUAAUGAAGCCAUGGACUUCACAUUUUGCACUGUCAAUCAUACAUUUAUUAAAGCAUUGAUAAAAUCCUAGCAUCCUAGGAUUAGAGGUCAUCUGGUUCAACUCUUACUUGAAGCAUGAAUCCUUGAUAUAAACAAAAACAAGACAAGUCUUUAAAGACUUAGAUUUCAAUAGUUAACUAGUUUUAGUUGUAUUUAGAGCUCAAUUUUCUAUUCAUAAUCUUAAAGUUGAUCAACCAGCAUAUGAAGUAGUUAGGUGGAGCCAGAGUGCACAGAAUAGUCCUGAGUUCAAAUUUGAACUCAGACCAUUAUUAGCAAAUGCAAUCCUGAGCAAGUCAUUUAACUUCUAUUUUCCUCAGUUUCCUCAUCUGUAAAAUGGGGAUAAAUGAGCAUUUACCUCCCAGGGUUGUUGAAGGUUUGGUAUUAGUUUAUAUGCUACUAAAUGUCAAGCACUGUGCUAGGCUGGGGACAAAAAACCAAAAUGGAAACAGUUCCUACCAUCAAAGACUAUGCAUUCAAAUAGGGGAGACAAUAGUCAUCUAUAUAGAUAUGUAGAAAA